AGAAUCCUCCCCAGAGACUGGAUCCCAAAUAGCCUGGGAUCCGUUGGCCAGUUGCUUUGAAAAUAACAUUUCCCCCUGCUAGCCUCGCCAAACCCAAAUUAUGCCCCUAUUUGGACCCCUUUCAAAUUAGCACCUCUCAAACCAGUACCUGUUUCCUCCAGCCCUUAAUUCCCCAGUUCCUUGAAUAUCAUUUUUCCCCACCUGGCCCCCAACCCGGAAAAAAGGAAAAUCUAAAAUCGCCAGUCACCCCGCUGCCUCCCACCCCUUCUGAACCCUUAGCGCCUGAAAGUUUCUGGGACCUUUUAGAUUGCCCGUUUCCUCCUUGCUCUAAGCUGACCCUUCCAUAAAUGUAUCUACUCCAUCCUUCACAGCAUCUGUUUCCCUCCAUUUGUCAUCUGCUAAUGCCAGCACUAGUGCUGUUUUGGCCUUCUGGAGACCUAUAACCAAGGUCCAGUGUUUUUUUGGGGGGGUAUAUCCCCCUAAUCCAUCCAGGUCCCUUGUCCCCCUCUCCCCAACUCCUUAUAACACCUGGUCUUCUUCCAUAGAAAACCCACAUCGCCUGCCUUCCCCUCACCCACCCCAACCGUAUUUCUUUCUCCCUCGGCUCCCCAACAAUGGACUUCCUCCUCAGUGGGGUGGCAGCCUGUGGGGCUUGCCUGUUUACCAACCCGCUGGAGGUGGUGAAGACCCGCAUGCAGCUGCAAGGAGAGCUCCGGGCUCCGGGGACCUACACCCGCCAUUACCGCAACGUCUUCCACGCCUUCUACACCAUUGGACGGGUGGACGGCCUGUCAGCUCUCCAGCGCGGCCUCUUGCCCGCCUUGUUUUACCAGUUUGGCUUUAACGGACUCCGCUUGGGCCUCUAUGGGAUCGCCGACACGGCGGGCUACAUUCACGCCUCUGACGGGAGCAUCAGCCUGCUGCGCACCACCGUGGCUGGGGCAUUGUCUGGGGUGGUCAGUGCCACCGUGAGCAGCCCCAUCUAUAUGGUGAAGACCCACAUCCAGGCUCAGUCUGCUGCUGAGAUUGCUGUAGGGCACCAGUACCAGCACCAGGGGAUGCUCCAUGCUCUGGCCAUGAUCCACAAAGAGCACGGCGUGCUGGGACUGUGGCGCGGGUCCCUCUCAGCUGCACCUCGUGUCAUGGUGGGCUCUUCUACACAACUUGCUACCUUCUCUUCUUCCAAAGAAUUCUUUAGCCAACUUGAGAUCUUCCCUAAGGAAAGUUGGCUGCUGGCAUUGAGUGCUGGAAUGACGAGCAGUGUCACUGUGGCUGUCGCCAUGACACCCUUUGAUGUGGCCAGCACCCGCCUCUACAAUCAGCCUGUAGGACCCCGAGGUGAGGGCCUGAUGUAUAAGGGCCUUUUUGACUGCCUCUCCAAAAUCAUCCGUUCGGAAGGUUUCUUUGGGAUCUACAAAGGCCUAGGCGCUUCCUAUUUCCGGAUCGGUCCUCACACCAUCCUGAGCCUCCUCUUUUGGGACCAGCUACGCCAGUCCUACAGUGGCUGGACACAGCAGAAGCGAUGAUGUCAGCUGCGGCGGCCGCUGCCGGCUGCCUACUUAAACUCCCCUCGCAUCUGCAAGGCCAGGGUCGUCCUCCUGCGAUGUUUCUGACCUUGGCUCCGGGGCCACGGUGAGCAUUGCAACCCAUCACGCGGCAGCUGAAUUUGCCCGUGAUUGUUCUCACCAGCUUGGACCUUUCUCUCUUUCGCUGGCUGCACAUUUGGGAAGAUGCUUUAUAUACAUACAUAUAAAUAUAUAUAUAUAUACAUAUAUGCCCACAAAACCCUUCCCCAAAUAGCAAAGCUUGCGGCCGUAGCUUAUCAACCGAGGAGACGAUUGUGUGAGGCGAGUGGAUGGUGAGCGUGUUUUAGGAUUUUUGCACCCAAAGCAGCCCCCUUUCCCCAGGCCAGCCCACCAAGGUGAAGGUAGCCUUCUGUCAGUUGCUUAUUAUGGUCUGCUAAGUCCAUGGCCGGCUGCCCAACAGCCCCAAGCAAGAAGCAAUUAAAGAAAGAUUUGUGGCUGGCCUGCUGAG